GUCUUUUGAUCGCGACGCUGCCGGGGCGCACCCUCACUGGGGAGUCCUGCCGGGGUGGCCGGGCCGUCCCCAGCUCCAGGGCCCGAGUGUGUGGGGGGGCGCCUUCGGUGAGGUGAAGCGGGUCCCCACCAUCUUAAGAAGGGCUGACGGCAGGUGGGGGCCGCCGGACGAGAAGCCUGCCCCGGGAGACUCCCGGCAGGCGACGGGAACACCUCCUCCCGGCAAUCAGAGGUCAGUCCUCCGGGAUCCCAGAGUGCCCCGGGUCCCGGAAGUGCCUGGCUUUCCGGAAGUGCCCGACUGGCUGAGAGAGCCCAGGCUCGCCGGAGCGCUGCUGCUGCGGGGUUGCGGUUCUGCGGCUUGGGUGGCUGCAGGAGGCGCGGCCCGGGGUCGGAGUGGGCGUCGGGAGGGAGCUGGGCGGCAGCAUGAUGGAGGAGGAGGAACUGGAAUUCGUGGAGGAGCUGGAAGCCGUGCUGCAGCUCACGCCAGAUGUGCAGCUCGCCAUCGAGCAGGUAUUUCCAAGCCAAGACCCUCUAGAUCGAGCAGAUUUCAAUGCUGUGGAGUAUAUCAACACUCUGUUCCCAACAGAGCAAUCUCUGGCGAACAUCGAUGACGUUGUGAACAAAAUUAGACUGAAAAUAAGGAGACUGGAUGACAACAUUCGAACUGUCGUAAGAGGUCAAACAAAUGUGGGGCAGGACGGCCGGCAAGCACUUGAAGAGGCCCAGAAAGCGAUUCAGCAGCUCUUUGGAAAAAUCAAAGAUAUUAAGGACAAAGCAGAAAAGUCUGAGCAAAUGGUGAAGGAAAUCACCCGCGACAUUAAGCAGUUAGAUCACGCGAAACGCCACCUGACCACCUCGAUCACCACGCUGAACCACCUGCACAUGCUGGCGGGCGGCGUCGAUUCCCUCGAAGCCAUGACCAGGCGAAGGCAGUAUGGAGAAGUUGCAAAUCUUCUUCAGGGCGUAAUGAAUGUUCUGGAGCACUUCCACAAAUAUAUGGGAAUUCCACAGAUCCGGCAGCUUUCUGAAAGAGUGAAGGCUGCCCAGACCGAGUUAGGACAGCAAAUCCUGGCCGACUUUGAAGAAGCAUUUCCUUCCCAGGGUACCAAGAGGCCAGGAGGACCCAGCAAUGUCCUACGAGAUGCUUGUCUGGUUGCUAAUAUUUUGGACCCCAGAAUCAAACAAGAAAUCAUCAAAAAGUUUAUUAAACAGCAUCUGUCAGAGUAUCUGGUACUUUUUCAAGAAAACCAAGAUGUUGCCUGGCUGGACAAAAUCGACCGACGCUAUGCCUGGAUUAAGCGCCAGCUUGUGGACUACGAGGAGAAAUACGGCCGGAUGUUCCCACGUGAGUGGUACAUGGCGGAGAGGAUUGCAGUAGAAUUUUGCCACAUCACAAGGACAGAACUUGCCAAGAUCAUGCGUACCAGAGCUAAGGAAAUUGAAGUGAAAUUGCUUCUCUUUGCUAUUCAGAGAACGACUAACUUUGAGGGGUUUCUUGCAAAACGCUUCUCCGGGUGCACCCUGAUGGAUGGAUCUCUGAAAAAACUCGAGUCUCCACCUGUAUCCACCAAUCCCUUCCUGGAAGAUGAGCCAGCACCAGAGAUGGAGGACCUGGCAAUGGAGAAGGGAGAUUUAGAGCAACCAAAGAAGCCUAAAGCCCCCAACAAUCCAUUCCACGGCGUUGUUUCCAAGUGUUUUGAGCCUCAUCUCUAUGUGUAUAUUGAGUCCCAGGACAAAAACCUUGGAGAGCUGAUAGAUCGAUUUGUGGCUGAUUUCAAAGCCCAGGGGCCACCCAAGCCCAACACAGAUGAGGGGGGUGCUGUGCUCCCCAGCUGCGCUGACCUCUUUGUCUACUACAAGAAGUGCAUGGUGCAGUGCUCGCAGCUCAGUACCGGGGAGCCAAUGAUCGCCCUGACCACCAUUUUCCAGAAGUACCUUCGAGAAUACGCCUGGAAAAUCCUCUCUGGCAACUUGCCCAAAACCACAAGCAGCAGCGGCGGGCUGACCAUCACCAGCCUCCUCAAGGAAAAGGAGGGCUCGGAAGUGGCCAAGUUCACCGUGGACGAGCUGUGCCUCAUCUGCGGCAUCCUGAGCACCUCGGAGUACUGCCUGGCCACCACCCAGCAGCUGGAAGAGAAGCUCAAGGAGAAGGUCGACGUAAGUCUGACUGAGAGAAUCAACCUAACGGGAGAAAUGGACACGUUCAGCACUGUCAUCUCCAGCAGCAUUCAGCUGCUGGUUCAGGAUCUCGAUGCCGCCUGCGACCCUGCCCUGACGGCCAUGAGCAAGAUGCAGUGGCAGAACGUGGAGCACGUUGGUGACCAGAGCCCCUACGUCACCUCUGUCAUUCUUCACAUUAAGCAGAACGUCCCCAUCAUCCGUGACAACCUGGCGUCCACGCGGAAAUACUUCACCCAGUUCUGCAUUAAAUUUGCAAACUCCUUCAUUCCCAAGUUCAUCACCCACCUCUUCAAAUGCAAGCCAAUUAGCAUGGUGGGAGCAGAACAGCAUUUCUAUGUAGAUGCCACCCCAGAGAAGUGAGGGUGUAUGGCCACCAAAGACAUGUACAAGAAUGUUCAUAGCAGGUCAGUGAGCAGUAGACCAAUCCUGAGUGACAGAGGGCUGAAGAGUGGUCAUCCUCCUUGGGAAGGAAGAGAGAGCAUUGACUGGAAGAGAACCUGAGGGAGCCUUCUGGGACGCAAGAAAUGUCCUGUAUCUUUUUUUUUUUUUUUGAUUGAGGUAUAGUCAAUUUACAAUGUUGCGUUAGUUUCUGGUGUAUAGCAGAGUGAUUCAGUUAUAUAUAUGUAUAUUUUCAUAUUCUUUUCCAUUAUAGGUUGUUACAAGAUAUUGAACAUAGUUCCCUGUGUUAUACAGUAGGACCUUGUUUAUCUAUUUUGUAUAUAGUAGUAUCUGCUAAUCCCAAAUUCCUAAUUUAUCCCCCUGCCCUUUCCCCUUUGAUAACCAUAAGCUUGCUUUCAGUGUCUGUGAGUCUGUUUCUAUUUUGUAAAUAAGUUCAUUUGUAUCAUUUUAUUUAGAUUCCAAAUGUAAGUGAUAUCAUAUGGUAUGUGUCUUUCUCUGACUUACUUCACUUAGUAUGAUAAUCUCUAGGUCCAUCCAUGUUGCUGCAAGAGGUAUUACUUCAUUCUUUUUAUGCAUGAGUAGUAUUCCUGUGUAUGUGUGUAUCUGUGUGUGUCUGUGUGUCUUUGUGUCUUGGGUUGGCCAAAAAGUUCGAGUUUUUCCAUAACAUUUUAUAUGUAUAUAAAUAUAAAUGCCACAUCUCUUUAUCCAUUCUCCUGUGAGUGGAGAAGUGUCCCAUAUCUUUAAUUAGGCAAUAGGGUGCAUACAUUUGUAAUAGUUUAUCAAGCUAUGUACUUGGUCUUUGUGUACUUUAUUGUAUGAAAGUUACACCUAAAUUAAAAAAAAAGAAAAGAGGGCUUCCUAGGUGGCACAGUGGUUAAGAAUCCACCUGCCAAUGCAGGGGACACUGGUUCAGUCCCUGCUCCAGGAAGAUUCUACAUGCCGCAGAGCAACUAAGCCCAUGCGCCACAACUAUUGAGCCCAUGUGCUGCAACUACUGAAGCCCACGUGCCUAGAGCCCGUGCUCCGCAACAAGAGAAUUCACAGCAAUGAGGAGCCUGCGCACCACAACGAAGAGUAGCCCCCACUCACCGCAACUAAAAAGAAAGCCCGUGCACAGCAGAAAAGACCCAACACAGCCAAUUAAAUAAAUAAGUAAAUAUUAUAAAAAAGAAAAGAAAGAGGAAAGGAACAAGGCAUGUCCUCACCUUGGUGCAUCCAUUCCUCAUAUCUUGAACUGUCUCUUCUGUGUCACCUCACUGAAACAUAUAUGGUUCUUUACCUUCUAGGAGUGGACCUUUAUCUUGCCUGCUCAAGGUUUCCAUCACUGUGAUAGUCAUGCUGUCCCCCCAAGAGUUGUAGGGGGCUCUUUAAGAAGUAAACCCCUCCGCUUUCCAUUGCUGGGUGAUACGCCUUCCCAGGCAUAGCAUGCUGGCCAGCGUUGCACCCCAGGAGCCCAUCAACAUGAGCCACACCACCCCAAAAUUUAUCUCUGAGGCCCCAACAAGUUUGGUGGAUGGCCACCUCUUGGCCAGUGCCUCGUGCCUAAGGGGACAAGCUUUUAGCUGUUUUCAAAGAUGAACACCAGCAGAUUAUCCUGAUAAAUGGGGCCUUUCGCCUGCAUUUCCCACGGACAGCUGCUAAGCCUGUUGGACUAGCUCCCACCUUUGCUGACUGCAUUACUUCCGGUAAAACCUGAGACAAAGGUUUCCAUCUGUACAGCUGUCUGGUGAGGACAGAAUUCUAUUGUGCCUGGCUGGAAAUUGAAAAUGUCCUCUCUCUCAAAAUAUGGGAGACACUAGAGAGUUAUGUCUGGCUCAUUCAAAACUCUUCCUGUCACUUAAGACUGUACAAUUAUUUAUGCGUAUAAUAUAUCUCUGGGAAGCAGAAAGUACGGAAAAAACAGGACGUAUCCCCAUAUGUUUUCAAAUAAUCAUUGGGUUUUUUUCUUCCCUGCUAGCAAAUAAUGCCAAGACAUGGCUUUGAUUUUGACGAGGCUCUGAGAUUUUGCUCUAGGGAAGGUAAAGCUGAAUCCUCACUAGGCCUUAAAUAGCAUAGUGUGAAAAAAGAAGAAGAAGAAGACAUAGUUCCAGUUAAUAAAAGUAUAGAAAAUAAUGUCAAGAAUAUCAGCUUCCCACUCAGCUUAGUGGGAAUCUUAACAUGUUUCCACAUUUGCUUUAGAUCUUUUUUUUAUAUAAAGUAAAUCAUUACAAUUAUGGCUGAAGUCCCUCAUGGACCCUACCCUGCCAUUUGCCUGCCUCCCUGCCCAGAGGUAAUCUCUACUCCGAUUUUGAUUUUUAUCAUUCCCAUAUGUGUUUUGAUAUGUUACAUGUGUAUCUAUUCACAAAAGAUGUAUAAUUUUGUUUUUAAACUUUAUGCAAAUGGUACUAUACAUAUAAUUUCCCCACUUGCUUUUUUUUGCCCAACAUAAUGUUUUCUGAGAUUUAUCUAUGUUGAUAUAGGUUGUUUGAGUUCAUUCAUUUUAACUUCGAUAUCAUAGUCCAUUGCCUGAAUAUGCCACCAUUUGUUUAUCCAUUCUACCAUUGAUGGGCAUUAGGUUGUUUCCAGUCUGUGCUUUUACCAACAGUGGAUGCAGGGAAGCGUUUUUUGUUUUGUUUUGUUUUCUUUUACACAGGCAGGAAUUUCUCUAAAGGAUGUGAGUGCUGUAUUACAGGCUAUGCACAUCUUCCAGUAAGGAAAUAGUACCGAGUUUCCCCCAAAGUGACUACCAAUUUAUAUUCUCAUUUUAAGUCUGUUUCAUUGCACCAUAUACUUGGCAACACUUGGUGUUUUCAGCCUUUUUACUUUUGCCUUUCUGAUGAAUACAAAAUGGUACACAAUUGUGGUUUUGAUUUGCAUUUACUGGGUUACUAAUAAGAUUAAGUAUCAUUUCUCAUGCCUUGUGAGCACUUGAGAGUUUGUGUUUUGUGGGUUGCCUGUUCAGAUCUUUGCCCCACUGCUGUUGUUGCUACUGGGGUUGCUGGUCUUUUUCUUAUUGAUUUUCAGGAAUCAUUCUGUGUUCUAAGUAUUAUCCCUUUAGCGGUGUUGCAGACAUCUUCUCCUGGUUUGUGGGGUUUUUUUUUUUUACCUUGUUUAUGUGUCUUUUGAUAUAGACUUUACGUUACUUUAAAGUAGAUUUUUCCAUCUUUCCUCUAUCUCACAUUCUUCUCUUCCCUACAAAAAUAAUCUCUAUUUUCUUCUUAGAGUUUUUCUUUUUUAUAUCUAGGUUUUUAAUCUGCAUGGAAUUGAGCAUACUUGUUUUUUUAGAGGCCCGUGCUGGGUUCCCUCUGAGGCUGAGCAAUGAUCAUUUACAGUGGGGCCCUCAGAACUGCUCUGAUGCCAAGAGCUUUGUGGGGGGGGACCUCUGGCAGUCUAUACUCACCAGUCCUCUGCAUACUUGCGUACCUUUCUCUGUGAGCCCAUGACCUUCUCGAAAAAACAGGCACUAGGAGAAUAAGAAUGUUCAUCUCUGGAAACCUAGAAACAUCCAAAAUGCCCUAGCACUUUCCUGGUCUGCCAUUGAAUGACCUACAGAGUGUAGGCCUUUGAAUAGCAACAUUAGUACCUAUAGAGAGUUCCCAGAAGCUUAGCCUCCCCCAUUAUCACCAUCUCCCACCAGGGAGGUACAUUUGUUACAACCAGUGAACCUGCAGUGAUACAUCAUUAUCAUUCAAAGUCUAUAGUUUACAUUAUAGUGUUAGAGUUUACACGCGUGGUGUUAUACAGUCUGUGGCUUUGGACAAAUGUAUAAUGACACCAUCAUGGUAUCAUACAGAGUAGUUUCACUGCCCUAAAAAUCCUCUGUGCUCCACCAGUUCAUCCCACCCACCACACCCAACCCCUGGCAACCAGUGACCUUUUUACUUUCUCCAUAGUUUUGCCUUUUCCAGAAUGUGGUGGAGUUGGAAGCAUAUAAUAUGUAGCCUUUUCAGACGUGGAGUUGGAAUCAUAUAACAUGUAGCCUUUUCAGAUUGGCCUUUUCACUUAGUCAUGUGCAUUUAAGUUUCCUUCAUGUCUUAAUAGCUCAUUUCUUUUUAGUGCUAAGUAAUAUUUCAUAGUCUGGAUGUGCCACAGUUCAUCCUUUCAGCUACUGAAGGACAUCUUGUUUGCUUCCAAGUUUUGGCAAAUUAUGAAUCAAGCUGUUAAAAACAUUCAUGUACAGAUUUUUGUGUGAACAUUAAGUUUUCAACUCUGGGUAAAUACCUAGUAGCAUGAUUGCUGGAUUGUAUGGUUAGCGUAUAUUUCGUUUUAUAAGAAACCACCAAACUGUCUUCCAAAGUGGCUGUACCAUUUUGCAUUUCUACCAGCAGUGAAUGAGAGUUCCUGUUGCUCUGCAUCCUCACCAGCAUUUGAUGUUGUCAGGGUUCCAGAUUUUGGUCAUGCUGAUAGAUGUAUAGUAGUGUCUCAUUGCUAUUUUAAUUUGCAUUUCCCUGAUGACAUGUGAUAUGGAGCAUCUUUUCAAAUGUUUAUUUGUCAUCUAUAUAUCUUCUUUGGUGAGGUAUCUAUUAAGAUCUUGGGCCCAUUUUUCAGUUGGGUUGUUUGUUUUCUUAUUGUUGAGUUUUUCUUUAAAAUCUUUGUAUAUUUUAGAUAACAGUCCUUUUUUUUUUAAAAGAUUUAUUUAUUAUUUACUUAUUUACUUUUGGUUGCAUUGGGUCUUCAUUGCCGCUCACAGGCUUUCUCUAGUUGUGGCGAGUGAGGGCUACUCUUCGUUGUGGUGCACAGGCUUCUCAUUUCAGUGGCUUCUCUUGUUGCGGAGCACAGGCUCUAGGCGUUUGGGCUUCAGUAGUUGGAGCACACGGGCUCAGUAGUUGUGGUUUGCAGGCUCUAGAGCACAGGUUCAGUAGUUGUGGCACAUGGGUUUAGUUGCUCCACGGCAUGUGGGAUCUUCCUGUACCAGGGAUUGAACCUGUGUCCCCUGCAUUGGCAGGCAGAUUCUUAACUGCUGCACCACCAGGGAAGUCCUGAUAACAGUCCUUUAUAAGAUGUUAUCUUUUGCAAAUAUUUUCUCCCAGUCUGUGGUUUGUCUUCCCAUCCCUUGACAUUAUCUUUGGGAGAGCAAAAGUUUUUCCUUUUAAUGAAGUCCGGUUUAUCAGUAUUUCUUUGAUGGAUCAUGUCUUUGGUGUUCUAUCUAAAAAGUCAUCACCAUACCCCAGGUCAUGUAGGUUUUCUCCUGUGUUAUCUUCUAGGAGUUUUAUAGUUUCGUGUUUUACAUUUAGGUCUACGAUCCAUUUGAGUUAGUUUUGGGGAGGGGUGUAAGGUCUGUGUCUAGAUUCAUUUUUAUUUUUAUUUUUUGCAUGUGCAUGUCCAGUUGUUCCAGCACCGUUUGUUGAAAAGACUGUCUUUGCUCCGUUGAAUUGCCUUUGCUACUUUGUGAAUGAUCAGUUGACUAUAUUUGUGUGGAUUUAUGUCUGGGCUCUCUCUUCUGCUCAGUUGAUCUAUUUGUCUGUUCUUUCACCAGUACUACACUGUCUUGAUUGCUGUAGCUUUACUAUAAGUCUUGAAGUUGGGUAAUGUCAGUCCUCCAACUUUGCUCUUCUCCUUCAAUACUGUGUUAGCUAUUCUGGGUCUUUUGCCUCUCCAUAUAAACUUCAGAAUCAGUUUGUCCAUACCUCACCAUUUUUUAAAAUUAAUUUUUAUUGGAGUAUAGUUAAUUUCACAAUGUUGUGUUAGGUUCUGUUGUACAGCAAAGUGAAUCAGUUAUACAUAUACAUACACCCACUCUUUUUUAGAUUCUUUUCCCAUAUAGGUCAUUACAGAGUAUUGAGUAGAGUUCCCUGUGCUCUAUAUAUUGGUUAUCUAUUUUAUAUAUAGUAGUGUGUAUAUGUUAGUCCCAGUCUCCCAAUUUAUCCCUCCCCCUGCUUUCCCCCUUGGUAGCCAUAAGUUUGUUUUCUACAUCUGUGACUCUAUUUCUGUUUUGUAAAUAAGUUCAUUUGUACUAUUUUUUUAGAUUCCACAUAUGAGCAAUAUCAUAUGAUAUAUGUCUUUCUCUGUCUGACUUGCUUCACUCAGUAUGACAGUCUGUAGGUCCAUCCAUGUUGCUGCAAGUGGCAUUAUUUCAUUCUUUUUUAUGGCUGAGUGAUAUCCCAUUGUAUUACAUAUUACCUCACCAUUUUUUGAGAGCAAUAUUCCCCUCUAAGUUAUCCCAAGUAAAACUUUGAUGGCUUCUCCAAAUGUUUGUACCAUUGUCAAAAUUAGAAUCACCUCGACCUUUAAAUUAAUAGUGUUUCUCAUUAACGAGCUUGUCUUAUCUUUAGUUGUUAAUUCUCCUGUCCAUAGCAAAGUACACGCAGAAAGAGAGAAUGCAGGGUGUCACAGGGCCUUAACAGAGCCCAUUCCACCCUUGCUUAAUAUAAUUUAUGAAAAGCUUUCUGAGAGGAGCAGGCAGUGGCAGAUAUGGCAAGCCCUGUCCUAAACCUAAGAUUCACAGAGGUGCAGUAGCGGGACUGUCACCCUGCUGCUACCUUUGUCUGGUUGGUGAACAUGUCAUUCCAUUCUCCUGAACUGUCUGAACAGGCCGGUGUGUAUAUGCCAUUUCUGUGCCUGCAGUUGGUGGGCAGUCAGGAAGGUUGAUAGCCUUCGAAAUAAUUGGCAUCCAAGAGAACCAAAAGAAAAAUAUACAGAAAAAAGAAAGAAAAAGAAAAGGACAGAUUGUUGCCAGGAUACUGAUUGAUGUUUAAAUUUGAUUUAAUCUCCUACAUCCUGACUAGCAUCCAGAGAAGUCCAAAAUAGAGCAGUACGGAGAUAUUUUUUGCCUGUUGAAUAAGCAAAAAUUUUAUGGCAGUUUUCAGCGCUGGUGAGGGUGUGGUCUGCACUAUGUAAAUAGGUACAUUCCAUUCAGAAAGCAGUUCAGGAUACGUGUGAAGAACCUUACAAAUGUUCUUAUGCUUUGCUCCAUGCCAAAGACUGUCUCCUAAGGAAACGCCAUUGAUAGACCUAGAAUUAUAUCCACAAAGCUGUUCAUCACAGCAGUAAUAAAAGGCUAGAAACAAGUCUAGGGGAAUGGUUAAAAACAUUAAAGUUAUACACACACACACCAUAGAAUACUGUAUAGCAAUUAAAAAUCAUGAUUUUUUUUUAAAGACUGCCAAGAUGGGAAAAUAGAAUUCAAAAAACUUCAUAUAUGAAGUAGAAAAACGAGGUUGUGAAACUGUUUAUACAGUGUAAUUCUAGUUUUUUAUACACACACACAGGCUGGUGGGAAUGAUACCACAUUGAACUAUGGCUUCUUAUUUUUUCCUGGGUCAUAGUAAUUGUAACUCAUGUGUUUCCUUUUCUAUCUGUUCAUUUUCCUAAUUUUCUUCAGUGAGAAUGUAUUACAUUUAAAACCAGGAAAAUGUUAUUUAUCAGCGUGAGUACACUAGGUGUCGUGUCCCUGUGAAGUGGCUGGUUCUAUUCUGCUCUCUCC